CACCUCUUGCAUAUACACAUUCCAAACAUUCGUAAAUUUUGGUUGCUGAACAGGCUCAAGGUUGAAGAGUAACUUGAAGCUAGGCCAAUCAUCACACUUCGGACUUCCAUCCGGAAUUCGGCUCAAUCCUCCGGGAUGAGCACUGCAAACUGCCAUUGUCGGCUACCUGGAAAGUCUUUUCCGAUAUUCGACUCUGAAACUUGUGCCUUAUGGCAUGGACCACUUACUAGCGGCGGCCAUUCCGAGGUAUACUGUUAACUAGGGCGGUGCUAAGACAAAACGGCCUAUGCACACUUGCGCAACAAUUCCGGUCCAUCACACUGUUCUUCUGUGCCUUGGCAUGGACAAUACGCUAGUGGAUGUUGCCACAGGCCAACAUAACCGAGGACAGCAACAUGCCACAAAGGGAGUCGUUUAUAAAGCCAUUGACUUCAUGGAAACUACCACCAUCCUCUUCUUCGUUAAUGUCCUCCCCAAUGCUUGUUGACUACUUACAAAGACGUGAGAAGCUUAUCACAGAGGACCGCGCCUUGCGAAUAGACCGUGUUCGUGCGAAUUACACCGCGGUUGAACUGAAGGCAGAUGAAGUUGUGCGCUCCAUCCGUGCUAAAGAGGCUAUUACUGUUUGGGGGAUUAAUCACGAGCAUAUCCCUCACCCAUAUCCAGGGAUGGAGUUCUUGAAUGCCAAAGAAAUCAUUUUACAGACGGAUCUCUACAGUAAAAUAGUCUCCAAAAUGCCAAAGGGUGGGCUAUUGCAUGUACACCAGAACGCCUCUGUGGAGGCGAGAACACUUCUUGAUCUGGCAUUGGGUCAUCCCGCGAUACAUAUCCGCGUCCCUGGUCCGUUAGACACAGCGUCUCUCGAAACAGUACUGCCCACAAUCCAGCCAAUUCCUGUGGAGCAGUACCCUGCUGCCGAUGUAAUUGGUAUCACAGAUGUUUUAUACACCGGUGGCUGGGUUCCUAUGAAGAAGGCGCGAGAGCUCUUCGAUCCUGCAUUGGGCGGCCCUGCUGGAUUUGAUGAGUGGGUGCUCAGCGCCUUCAUGAUCAAUCCCAGUGAUGCGUACAAUACGUACAAUACACCGAUGAAAAUUUGGCUGAAGUUUGGAAGUACCUUUGGCGUGACUGAUCCCAUCAUUCGUUUCGUGCCGAUUCAAAAGGAAUACUUGCGGAUGUUCAUUCGCUCGUCAAUAGAUGAUGGUAUCUCGUACAUCGAGGUACGAACUAGUUUUUUUAAAAAAUACAUACUUGCAGAGGACGCGAAGACCAAACUUGAAUUACGCGAAUUACUCAUGAUAUUCCGAGAGGUCACAAACGAAAUAAAAGCGGAAAUGAAGGCGAAAGGUCAAGAAGACGAUUUUGCUGGGUUGAAGAUUAUCUAUAAUACCCUGAGAAUUGUCUCCCCCGAAGAAUUGGAAUCGGAACUAGAACAGUGCAGCAGAUUCAAGCAGGAAUUCCCGGACCUUAUUGCUGGAUUUGAUCUCGUGGGCCACGAAGAUGGGGCGGAGUGUAAACCGCUCAUUGAUUACGCAGAGCCACUUCUGCGUUUCGCCAAGCAGCAUCCGGACAUCCCAUUCAUCUUUCAUGCUGGUGAAACUUUAGGUGAUGGCACUGCAGCGGACAUGAACCUGUAUGAUGCGAUUCUUCUUGGAACGAAGCGUAUAGGACACGGAUUUUCACUAGCUAAGCAUCCCAAAUUGAUGCAAAUUUGUCGAGAAAAGAAAAUCGCAAUUGAAGUCUGCCCUAUAUCAAAUGAAGUGCUACGUCUUACCUCAGCUAUGCCUAUGCACCCCCUCCCAAUAAUCAUGAACCAAGGCAUUCCGGUGGUACUGUCUUCCGACGAUCCUGCGAUGUUUAAUAGUAUGGGGUUGUCUUUUGAUUUCUUCCAGGUACUGGUAGCAAGUGAAGUAACGGGGCUCCUUACUCUUGGCCAGAUGGCCCGUGACAGCAUUACGUAUUCCAUGCUAGACGAACGGAGUAAGCGUACAGCUAUGGAUGCAUGGGAACGACAAUGGGCCAAAUUCGUAGAAGAGGUUGCGGCGAUGGAUCCGUGAUUCAGUGAAACUUUGGCUCCCCGAAAUACCGAAAUACCGAAAUAUAGAGCUUUGGAUGUUGUGGAGAUGCAUAAACUUAUCAUACUUGUGUCAAUAUUCAAUGCGGGUACUCCUUAUGACCCUUCCGUUACGAACGGUAUCAUAUUACUACUAGUAUUAGACCAAACCCCUACCAUUUCAGUGGUCUCAUGUAAGUGUCGGUAGUCCAAGGGCUGCAUACAAUAUGAUAAUAUCCCUUGGUAACUAAUCGCAUUCC